AUGAGCUUCUCCGGGGAACCUGGCCAGUCCCUCGUCUUCGACCUCACGGAUGAUGACCAGGGUGGCUUCUACCGCGUGACCAUGGCCAACCAAUCCGGCGAGCUCAACCGCCGGGCCAUGAUCAACCGCGGCGACCAGUUCCUCGUCGUCGCCGAGCUGGUCGAUGCCGUCCACGGGAAAGCACCGACUACCGUCACCAAUCCCGAUGGGACCGUCAAGACCGUCGACGAGGACGCCACCCUGCUCAUCGCCAACUUCUACUUCCUGCCCUCGCGCGACAAGCGCUUUGUCGGCGCCAUCAUCACCUGGACCUUCACCAGCGACGACCCGGCCGUCGAGAUCGCCGUCGACGAGAUCGCCCCACGUGGCACCUGGUCCUUCGCUCCCGUCCAGCAGGCCCGCGAGGUAACCGCCACGGGCAAAGCCAGCGCUGGCCCUAAAGGGGGGCCGGCUUCGGUCAACCUAAGCGGCGAGUAUGGGCUGAAGAAGACGACUGAGCUGGAUUUUCACACCAAAGUGAGUGGCGCGCCGCGGAUGAUGAACCGCGCGCACGGAGGGUAUGACGGUGUGCGAUGGACGCUCGUGGAGAACGAUGCCUCGCGCAGCGGGAUCUGUCGCAUGCUGCAGGUCGGCGUGUUGCUUAGGCGGACGGUGGUGGCGGGGAAGACGCCGGCACGGCCGGGGUCCCCAGCUCCGGCGCCGACGUUCCGCGGCGAGUUGGACGUCGUUGCAGACAAGAGCGGGUGGUCGAAGGUGGCGUCGCGGGCGAAGCGGGUGUGGAAGAGCGCCGAGCGGGACGAGGCCGUAGUGUUUCAGCCGGGGACAGAUCGGAGAAGCGGGAAUUUUGAUAUUGACAGUAAGAAUCUCAAGGCGGUGGACUUGCAGCACGAUGUCAUGUUUAUGAGUUUGCAUGAGAGCUUUGAGGAGGUGCGCAAGGAGAGAGACGAGAGGGCGGCGAAGAAGCGGGAGGAAAAGGAGAAGGGAAAAAAUGCGGAAAAGGAAAACAUAGAAAAAAAAGAAGCCAAAGGAGGAACGGGAGGUUCCGGCCUGCAAGUGCAGGUGCCGUCGUGGGUGUUCUUCGUCCUCGCGGGAGUCGCUGGCCUGUGGCUCUGGCAGCAGCUAGUCGCGGUCCGGUUUACCUAA